GCGGGCCGCGGUUACUGCGGGGCCCGGGGGAAACCGACCGGUCUCAAUCAGCCGUAGGCCACCGGGAUUCAGCGGAGGAGGCAGCAGCGCCGGGGCGCGCGCUUGGCACCAUGACCCAGACACCCGCCUUCAACAUGCCCAAAGUAGAACUGCACGUCCACCUGGAUGGAGCCAUCAAGCCCGAAACCAUCUUAUACUAUGGCAGGAAAAGGGGUGUCACCCUCCCUGCUGACACAGUCGAGGGGCUGCAGAACAUCAUUGGCAUGGACAAGCCGCUCACACUCCCAGAAUUCCUGGUCAAGUUCAACUACUACAUGCCUGCCAUCGCGGGCUGCCGGGAGGCCAUCAAAAGGAUUGCCUAUGAGUUCGUUGAGAUGAAGGCCAAGGAGGGCGUGGUGUACGUGGAGGUGCGUUACAGCCCACACCUGCUGGCCAACUCUAAAGUGAAGCCCAUCCCCUGGAACCAGACCGAAGGGGACCUCACCCCAGAUGAGGUGGUGCACCUGGUGAGCCAGGGCCUGCAGGAGGGAGAGCGAGACUUCGGGGUGAAGGUGCGGUCCAUCCUGUGCUGCAUGCGCCACGAGCCCACCUGGUCCCCUGAGGUGGUGGAACUGUGUAAGAAAUACCAAACGCAGACCGUGGUGGCCAUUGAUCUGGCUGGAGAUGAGACCAUCGCAGGAAGCAGCCUCUUCCCUGGACACCUGCAGGCCUAUGAGGAGGCUGUGAAGAGUGGCAUUCACCGCACCGUCCAUGCCGGGGAGGCUGGCUCCGCAGAGGUGGUCAAAGAGGCUGUGGACAGGCUCAAGGCAGAGCGAGUGGGACAUGGCUACCACACCCUGGACGAUGAGGCCCUUUACAAGAGGCUGCGGGAGGAGAACAUGCACUUCGAGGUCUGCCCCUGGUCCAGCUACCUCACGGGCUCCUGGAAGCCGGACACGGUGCACCCGGUGGUUCGAUUCAGAAACGACCAGGCCAACUACUCGAUAAACUCAGAUGACCCGCUCAUCUUCAAGUCCACCCUGGACACGGAUUACCAGAUGAUUAAACAGAAGAUGGGCUUUACUGAAGAGGAGUUUAAGAGACUGAACAUCAAUGCAGCCAAGUCCAGUUUCCUCCCAGAAGAUGAGAAGAGGGAGCUGGUGGAACUGCUCCGUAAAGCCUAUGGGAUGCCACCUUUGGCCUCUGCAGCAGGGCAGCCAAGGUGAUGGCAUCGCAGCCGCCUCUGAGCCCUCGCCUUGUGGAGACUUCACAGCUCAGGGCUUGAAAGACACUGACCUUCACUCCUGCGAAGACAUGACUUCCAGUCAGCUACUGCUGUCCCUGAAGCCCUCCUCCUGCGGUGAUCUAUGCUGGGAAGCUGGUGCUCAAUAAAGAAACCAAUGGCUGGUGACAUGCAGCAUGUGAUGUGUGGUCUUGGGCAGGGUAAGAGGAAGAGGCUUCUGGGGCUCCUAGACUUGGGCAGCUUGCCCAGUGGGCGCUGUGACCGGGAAGCCAAGUCUCCCCAUGCUGGGGUGAGGGGGUCCACGGCUGUCCUUCCUCCAGAAGAAACCGGGUU